AUGGCAGAUUCAUUUCCAGAUUAUUAUGCAAUUCUCGAAAUUCCGGUAACAGCAACAGAAGUACAAAUAAGGGAAGCUUAUAAGCGUAAAGCGCUCAAAACACAUCCUGACCGAUUUGUUGAUAAUUCAUCGUCAGCUGAUAGUUAUCCAUGUACAUCCGAAGAGGCUAAAAUAGAAUUUCAACGAGUUGCUGAUGCUUAUUAUGUUCUCAGCGACCCAAAACGUAGAGAACAAUAUGAUAUAGCAAGGAAAAGAAAAAGAUCAGGAUCUUCCAUAUGGCUCCAAAAUAAGCCAGAUCCAGAUUAUCUAUUCGGUAACGUCUUUGAAGAAAUGCUUCGACCUGAAGUGGAAAAUCCUGCAUGGUUUUAUACACCACUUGGUGCCGCAUCAGGCGCAUUAUUAGGAUUUAUCUGUGGCAACGUGCCGGGAUUGAUGUUGGGAGCUUACGCUGGAAGUAAAUUGGGCGCGGUGAGAGAUGCAAAAGGUGUUUCCGUUUACCAAGCAUAUCAAAAAUUGAGUGGAUCCCAUAAAGCAGCAAUUUUGGCUGCUCUUGCAGCAAAGCUAAUAAUAACGAUAUUUGUACAAAGUGAGAACGCUUCAUCAGAACGGCGGUUCGAUAAAGGCAUCACGAUAGGAGAGUUGAAAGCCAAGCUUGAACCCAUAACUGGGAUUUCUACUACUUCUCAACAAUUACAAUUAUACAAUGGGGAUAUUUUUGUUGCAUCUGUUGAAGGAGAUGGUUUCAUGCUGGGCGCAUUCCCAGUAGAUAAUUAUAUGACUUUAAAGGUGAUUGAUUCAAGCCCAACUGGAACAAGAAAUCAAUUUACCGAUUUGUCACUUGUCGAAAAAUACGAACUACCAGACGACGAAUACGCGAAAAGAUCCGAUUCUGUAUUGGCCUUUAAACAACGUAAUAAACUCGGUCGAUUUGCGGACUCACAAUCAAGCACAUCAGAUGCAUCUCUCACAUUUGAAGAAGAAGCAAAAAAUAUUAAAGUAGGUGAUCGAUGUGAAGUUGAUUUUAGCGAAUCUGGUGAAGACGGAUUCAAGAAACGCGGAAUAGUGAGAUAUGUUGGUGAAACUAAAUUUAAACCCGGAUAUUGGGUUGGUGUUGAAUAUGACGAACCAGUAGGGAAGCACAACGGCACUGUUCAGGAUGAAACCUAUUUCCAAGCUAGGCCUAAACAUGGUGCAUUCGUUCGUCCAAACAAAGUUAAAGUUGGUGAUUAUCCAGAAGAGGAGAUUGAAGAGAUGUAA